AUGGUCUCGAACACAUAUAAUAUCGCUGAGGACCAGCAGUGGGUUGCCCCCAAAAGUUAUGCGUCCGCUUGCGGCGCGCAAAUCGUCCCGGCGCCGACGGUCGCACCGGCCGCCGCAGGAAUACCCACUGUCCAAGAAGGCUCACUUGCUGGAUCCGAGAAACAGGCAGAGGACAUUCCCCACGUAGAUGUUGAACUGGUGCCUGGCCGGAGGUGA